CAAUAUGUUCAGUUAUGUGAUUUAUUUCGUUUCUUUAAACAAAAUAAAGUAGUUAUUUUUGUAUUUCGGUAUAUAUAGAGCUAAUUUGAAAAGUCGUUUUGGUCAUAAAUAAUGCUUCCAACUGAGAUCAUAAAGAAAUAAAUAAAUGUUUAUCCGAUUUUAUAAAUCGACCUAAUUGUAAUGAUUACCAGAAGCUUUGGUUCGUUUAAAUGUCGAUUGACAAUUUUUAUUAGUUUCAUAAUAAUACUCCUUACAAUAAUUGAAGCGUCAUUAGUUUCUGAUAAUCCGUAUAAUAUUCUUGGCGUUAAUAAAUAUGCUACACUUCAAGAUAUUCGGAAAGCAUACAAAGAAAAGGCGAAAAAAUGGCAUCCGGAUAAAAACAGUAAUCCAGAAGCUGAGAAAAAAUUUGUUGAAAUAAAAAAAGCCUAUGAAAUCUUAAGCGAUAAUGAUCGCCGACGUAUUUAUAACCAGUACGGUAUUACAAAUGAAGAUUCACAAUAUUUUAAAAAGAAACACGAUUACAGUCAGUAUAAUCGAUACUCUUCACAUCCAUUUGAAGAGUUGUUUGAAACUAAAAUGUUUUUUGAACAUGACGUUACUUUACUGCAUAAGUUAACAGUUAAUUCAAAAUAUUUUCAUCAAACUAUAUUACAUAGAAGUAAUAAAAUGCCUUUUAUUAUAUUGUUUUAUAACGACUGGUGCUUUGAGUGUAUGCGCCGCGCUAGUGCGUAUAAAAAACUGAAAGAUACUUUAGAGCCAUACGGAGUACAAGUGGCAACAAUAAACGCAGCUUAUGAACAGGAUGUUGUUCAUAAAAGUGGCGUUACUGAUGUUCCUUCUUUGAUUCUUUUACUUAAUGGACAUAGUUAUAUAUAUCGUGAAUCGCUAUAUACUGCUGCUAAGAUUUCAGAAUUUAUUCGGAAAAAAAUGCCAGAAAAUAUUGUUCAUCACAUCAAUGAUUUAAACGUUCAAAAUUUUCUGGAUGGUUGGGAAGACAACAGAAUAAGAGCACUUAUAUUUGAACCCAGAAGUCAAACAAGACUACGAUAUAUAAUUAGUGCUUUCAGAUAUAGAACAAGAAUAGCAUUUGGAUUUGUAUUCUUAAGUAACAGUUCCAAAAUAAUACAAGAACGCUACAAAAUCCAACCGAAUUUAGACACUAUAUUAAUAUUCAAUGAAUAUUGUGAACGUCCAGUUGCUGCUAUCACCAUGGCUGAUAUACCUUUACAAACUAUUAAUAAUAUAAUUUUAACAAAUAAGUUCUUAACCUUGCCAAGAUUAUCUUCACAGGAAAUACUUGAUGAUUUAUGCCCAGCUGAAUGGAAUCGUGCGCGAAAACGUUUGUGUGUUGUACUUAUUACGAAAAAUUGUAAAAGUCAUGAUAUUGCACGAGGAACUUUGAGGGAAAUUGCUCUUUCAAGUGAAUUUAGUUCCCAAAGAGUUCGUUUCGCUUAUAUAUUUAUGGACAAACAAACAGAAUUUGUAAAUGCUAUAUCUAAUGGAUAUUCUGACAGCAAACUAUUACGCAUUGUUGUCAUAUGGCGCCGUGAUUCUUCACGAAUUAAAUAUGAAUGGAUUGAUAAUAUCAAUUUGAGUAACAACUUUAAUUCAUCUAGUAUAUCUGAAAAUAACGAUAUAAAAAAAGAACUUGAUAAUACAAUAAAAAAAUUGUUAAGAACAACAGAGGCUCUAUAUUAUGAAACAUAUGUUGAGGCAUUGAUUGACGAACAUACACAAGGAAUUAUAAGUAAAUUGUUGUCAAAAUUUAUUUAUAUUACUGAAUAUUUAAGCGAUAAUAUGGAACAAGAACACGUACUAGCAAUAGCAUCUCUACUGGGAACAAUUAUAUUCAUGUUUGUGAUUGGCUAUGCUAUGGUGUAUUUUGUUCGCGUAGAGGAACAACAGUUAAAAGUCAAUGGUGGUCUGGCCAAAAAUGGUUCUGUGAAUCAAAAUCGAUAUAUACCUGAACUAAAACUGUAUGAAUUAAGAGCAGAGAAAUAUAAUGGAAUGGUUAGAUUACUCAAACCUGGCUGCAGAACAAUUAUUCUUAUAACAGAUUUGCAGACUCGACCUAAAUUGAUUCCUUUAUUUCAUAAAUCGGUUUGGCCAUACAGGAAAACAAAAACCCUUCUUUUUGGUCACAUGUUAAUAGAAAAAGGAUUGUCGUGGUACUCUGAAAUAUUACGUUUAUCCCUGAGUGAAAACAAAGAUUUGGAAAUCAAUCCCCGAAAUUGUGUUGGAACUGUUAUUGCACUAAAUGGCCAUCGUAAAUAUUUCUGCAUAUAUCAUGCAAAACAUCCAGAAACAGUCAGAGGUGACAAGAGAAUAUUAAGCAUCACUAAACGACUUAUAAAAAAAUACGACGAUCCUGAAUUUGGUUCUAUCAUAAACUAUGAAAAUUCCGAUGAAUCAGAUGCGGAACAAAAAAUUUUAUUAGAAGGAAAUCUCCUUGAUGGAUUAAAUCUUUGGUUGGAUCGUUUAUUUGAAGGUAGUACACAGCGAUAUUUUAUAAACUACUGGCCGGAUUUUCCUACAAAAUAAUUUUCAAGCAACUGCGUUUUUAACACAGCACAUAAUGGUCUGUGCUAUGUUAUAAACUUAAUAGUAAAUAUAAAAAUAAUUAAUAAUAAUAAUAAUGUAUUGUUUUUCUUGUAAAUUAAUAGAUCAUUAAAAAGACGUAGCCUAUUCUAAGAUUCGAUUCAAUAUGUUAGAAAAGGUUUAAUUAAGAACAUUACAAAUCAAUGUAAGAAAUGAAAUACUGCCUUUACGGAAAUAUAAAAUACCAACUUAAAAAAAGACUAUAUGCGUUAUUUGGCAAUGUUAAAUAAUUUUUACAAAGCUGACUUUUCUAGUCUAAUAAACUAACAAGUCACCAAGACUUGUUAGUACAGAUAAUGGCAGCCAAUGAGUACUAUUUUUUCACGUUUUCGUCGUGAAAUAUAUACUAUAAGUUAUUUUUUUCAUACAAUAAUAAUGUUAAUAAGCAAGUAU